AUGGCCGCUCCCGCCGAAGUCACGCUCAAGGACCUCUCGGGUCAGUGGGUUAUGAACAAAACCCUCUCGGACGACCCCGACGAGGUCCUCGCCUUGCAAGGCAUGGGCUGGUUGACCCGCAAAGCAAUUGCCAUCGCAACCCUCACGCUGCACGCCAAGCAGUACACCGACGACGCCUCCAUCGUCCAUAUCGACAUCGAUCAAACCACCACCGGCGGCAUCAAAGGCACUACAGAGCUCCGAACCCUCGACUGGACGGAGCGCACGCACGAGGAUCACGUCUUCGGCAUGUUGAUGGGCCGCAACCGCUGGUCCUCGUUCCAAGAGAUCGACGACGCGUACCUGAAGGAGGGUUGGCUGGAGGGUGAUGAGGAGAAGGCCGGCCCGGACGGAGAGCGGCACGUCGAGAGCUUCGUGCGGAAUGAGAAGAAUGGGUGGAAAGCACAACAGAUCUGGGGUUUUGCCAUCGUGGAGGGCAAGAGAUAUCAUACGAGACGGGUUGUGGUUACUAAGGGGGAUAAGGUCUUGAAGAUUAGAUUGGUUUAUGAUUGGCAGGGAAAGUAA